GCGUCAUCAAAUCUUGAAUAUGAUUGGUCGCGUGAGGAUGUGACCUCAACAUCACGCGCCCAGCACCAACAGCAGCAGCGGUGCUUCGUGAGCUGGGAACUUUAUUUUCAUUCAACAAUAAAGCUCCAAGUCAGUCCGUGUUUGUAACACAGGCUUUCUCUUGUCAGUCAUGGCAACAGAGGGUGAAGUGAAGACGAGUGAAGAUGCUCCACCAACUGGGAAGGUCAGCACCAGGUUUGACCUGGAGAAGGAGACUGAGCUUAGGUUUGAGGUAGAGGCAGGGGAGGCAGCGGAGCAAGUUGAGCUGGAGCUUCUCACGGGAAUGGCUGAGGUGUUUGGCUCAGAGCUGAACCGCAACAAGAAGUACACAUUCGGACCAGGCUCCAAGAUCGCAGUUUUCACCUGGCAAGGCUGCAGUGUGAAUCUUUACGGGAAGCCGGAGGUGGCUUAUGUGUCCAAGGAUACACCCAUGCUGCUCUACCUGAACACACACGCUGCCCUGGAACAGAUGAGAAAACAAGCAGAGCGGGACAAUGAGAGGGGGCCCAGAGUGAUGGUGGUGGGACCUACAGAUGUGGGGAAGUCAACAGUGUGCCGGCUACUAUUAAGCUAUGCUGUAAGGGUGGGCCGGAGGCCAACACUGGUUGAAUUAGAUGUUGGACAGAGUGGGGUGUCUGUACCAGGGACAGUGUCGGCACUGUGCAUUGAGCGUCCAGCAGACGUGGAGGAGGGUUUCUCAGUCCAGGCUCCUUUGGUCUACCACUUUGGCUCUACCACCCCAGGAACCAACAUUAAACUUUACAAUAAGUUGACCUCACGUCUGGCCGAGGUAUUUUCCCAGCGCUGUGAGGUGAACAGGAAGGCGAGUGUGGGUGGCUGUAUCAUCAACACCUGUGGCUGGGUGAAGGGCUCUGGUUACCAGGCUCUGGUCCAUUGUGCCUCAGCCUUUGAGGUUGACGUGGUGCUGGUGCUGGACCAUGAGAGGCUCUACAACGAGCUCAAGCGAGACCUCCCUCACUUUGUGCGGGUGGUGCUCCUACCCAAGUCUGGAGGUGUGGUGGAGCGCUCCAAAGAGUGUCGGCGUGAUGCUCGGGAUGAGAAGAUCCGCGAGUACUUUUACGGCUUCCGCGGAGUGUCCUUCUACCCUUUUUCCUUUGAAGUGCGUUUCUCAGACGUCCGCAUUUACAAGAUCGGGGCACCAUCCAUCCCAGACUCGUGUUUGCCGCUUGGAAUGUCUCAAGAUGACACACAGUUAAAGAUGGUGCCUGUGACACCAGGGAGAGACCUCACAUAUCACGUGCUGAGCGUGAGCAGUGCCGAGGACGGAGAGGAAGGUGCUAGAAAGGAUAUAGUGGAAAGUCCUGUGUGUGGCUUUAUUGUGGUGACUAAUGUGGACACACAAACACAGGUGAUGAAGGUGCUGUCCCCAUCACCCAGACCGCUGCCCAGACACACUCUGCUUAUCAUGGACAUCCGCUUCAUGGACAUGAAAUGAAGUAACACUUCAGGGAAGAGGACUCGUUUACAAAAGAAGUGCGGAUCAGGGAGGAGUUCUGUUGAGGUUUUGUACCAGAGGAGCUGGAUUUUGUUUCCCAGUUGUCUUUAUGUACUUACGGACUAUGGGGUGGUGGGGGAGACAAAAAGAUUUCAGUACUGAAAAUAAAAGCUUCUGUAAAUUAUAUUGCAUUUAUAGUCUGUACACACUGUACAGAUGUUUGGCAAUCUGUGGCAGGAAAUGUUUUAGUGGUGAAGGAAUUAUUUUUGUAAUUGUUUUAUAAACAAUGUUUUUUUCUCUUGAUAUA